AUGCCGACUGUUUACGGAGGUCCUUUGACCACCUUCGAGGAUUCGGAGAAGGAGAGUGAGUAUGGAUACGUAUCUGGACCCAUGGUUGUUGCUGAUGGAAUGGUAGGAGCUGCUAUGUAUGAAUUAGUUCGUGUUGGACAUGACAACCUUAUUGGGGAGAUUAUUAGGUUGGAAGGAGAUUCUGCCACAAUUCAAGUUUAUGAAGAAACAGCUGGUCUAAUGGUGAACGAUCCUGUUCUACGAACACACAAGCCCCAAUCAGUGGAAUUGGGUCCGGGAAUAUUGGGAAACAUAUUUGAUGGUAAUCAGUCUGUAUUUGAGAACAGUUUAAUGCAACACUAUGUUGCGCUUCCUCCUGAUGCUAUGGGAAAGAUACCCUGCAUUGCUCCUGCUGGUCAAUACUCAUUGAAGGUUUAUCUUUAUGCCGAUAUGUCUGACGAACUCCAUCAGUUUCACCUUUGUGAGAGGUUUCCUCACGACCGUUAUCAUGGCAGGUCCCAGUCAGAUGCAGUUUAUAUGGACACUGUUCUUGAGCUUGAGUUUCAAGGUACUUGGCCUGUACGUACACCUAGACCUAUGGCCUCAAAGCUUGCUGCUGAUACUCCUCUGCUGACCCGGCAGCGAGUUCUUGAUGCUCUGUUCCCCUCCGUGCUUGGUGGACUUGUGCUAUCCCUGGUGCUUUUGGUUGUGGAAAAACUGUCAUUAGUCAAGCCCUAUCUAAGUACUCGAACUCUGACACUGAAGUUUAUGUUGGUUGUGGAGAAAGAGGAAAUGAAAUGGCAGAGGUGCUUAUGGAUUUCCCUCAAUUGA